GUAAAAUUGUAAGAUCGCCCUCGAAGUUUGAACAGUUUCAUGGGCUAUCCUUGUUUCAUGGGCUAUCCUUGUUUCAUGGGCUAUCCUUGUUUCAUGGGCUAUCCUUGAUGCCUUUAAGGACACUUUGGAUUGAUGAAAGAGUAAGAUUCUGGUAGCGUUUUUAAGUGCGAGUUAUUAGCGAAGCUUUCUUCGUUACGUUGGAAAGCUUAGGAAGACGAGAAUUUGGCAUUGCCUCGUGGCUUUUCUCAUUGGUUUGGAGUGCGCUGGUGAUCGAAGUUGUGCUUUUCUGUUGGAGCUAGUACAGUAAGGUAAGGAUUUUUCGUUGCAUUUUAUGCUAGUAUUUUUGUUAAAUUUAAAUAUUACAACCAUUCUUCAAAGAUCGCGUGCAAGUUUUGGGUAAAAUACUUGUAGAUUUUAUGUGGCUGCACGAUAAAGUUUACGAGUAACUUCUGACCUAGAUUCAUUGAAUCCUUCUGUGUCGAGGGCUGAUUUUUUUAUUUUUUUGGGACAUGCAAAACUAGAUGUUACAUAAUUCAAAAACAGGACAGAUCACGGUGUUUCAAUGACCAAAAACUUGUGAUUUUCUUCCGGCCUCAUAACAAUUUGUAUUGAUUAACCUACAUGUAGCAAUCUCAAAGUGUCUACACUGGUGGCUAACAUGGAUACAGUGAAAGACAUGUACUCGUUGUAAAUGUAUGGGACUACACAAAAAUUCAACUUGGAUGUAUGAUCGAUGUCAAACAUCACAUAUCCUGGAAAGUUAACUAAUACAAACUGCUUACACGUAUGAUGAAGAUCUGGUCUCUUUUAUAAAGGAUAGGGUGUUGUCUCCCAAUGAUCUUAGAAAGUAACAGUUGGGUUACAAUGCGUUAAAUCAUUCUCUUUGCUCACCCACAAGGGCACAAAUCUGAAGCAAAAUUACUCUUCACUUAAUAAUUAACAAUUACCUUGCUUUCUUGAGCUGUACUGGGGAAUAUUGGUACUAUGUCAUUUCUAUACUGCCACAACCUUGGGCUAAUAUUCCCCAGUAAAGCCCUGGUGCUUAACUGGUUAGUUAGAAGUUAGUACUGGCUUUUGUAAAAAUAAUCUACAGUGUACUUGUAUCUCAGGCUAUUUUAAAUUCCAGUACAAUUGAUUUCUUUGUUAUUCUAUGUUUAUUGAAUUUAUUUGUACAUGAAGACAGCCAGCAAGGAUAAUUUGAUAUUUAAAAAACAAGCCAUCUUGAUUAUGAGGAGAAUUAAAGUUAGCAUCAAAGACAAAUCAAUUUUGUGCAAAAACCAAUGUAAACAUGAAAUGAUUGCAAAAACAAUGAGUUAAAUGUACAUAUACUAGUAAACCACAAAUGUGAGCACCUGUGCCAAAUUGAAAUCCCUUUCAACAUACCUCAGCAUGCAUAAAUGUAUAUAUUUCACUGUUUUUCCAGCAAUAAGUGUAACAGUUGAACUAACACUCACCUAUACCAAUAUGGGUAUCAGCUCAACUGUAGGAAAUUGAAUUAAAGAAAUAUAUCUUUAAUAAGUUUUGACCAAUAAUCCUUAGUAUUUAAAAAUCAGAUAGGAGAAUUUUUCUUUGGUGUUGUAAAAUUUGUUUCUUAUGAGAAAGGAUUCAGCAUAAACUCUCCCCUCUUGCAGAGACAUGGUGGUCUUAUGAUUAGUGAGGUAGACUCACGGUCAAGAGGUCUACAUUUGUAGCCUGGCCUGGCCUGGCCUGUACUGGACUCAGGGUCAAGAGGUCUGGGUUUCAGUCAAUGUGUUGGGUUCUUGUGCAAAACACUUUACUCUUACAGUGUCUGUCUCCACCCAGGAGUAUAAAUGGGUAGCAAAAAUUAGUUAGGGAAACCUGAUAAAAUGCUAGGGGGGUGAAGGGAGGGAGGGGAAUAACAGUGGAAUGGACUUGCAACCUGUCCAGGGUUGGGUAGUAAUACUCCCAGUUGCUUCAUGUGAGGAAACCAGGAUUAAUUAAAGCACAGGCCCUGGACAGGCCGCUCUUCAAAUCCAGACGCGAUCUAACUACCUACCACCUCUUAGUUUAAAUGAUUUAAAUUGCUACUGUUACAAAUUAUAUGAACUUGAAACACACACAUGUUGAUUUUUGCCCAAUUUAUUUCAGUUAAUUGGGAAUGUCUUUUGUAAAUCUUGAAAUUUAUUGUAAUGAGAAGUGAAUUACUGUUCAUUUAAAUAUUAAUGCUUGUUUUCUUUUGUACAUAAUUAUAUCUUUUGUUCUUUUACUGCUUUAAAUAUGCUAUUAAUAUUAAUUGCUUGUGAUUUUGUGUCUAUGUAUCCCUCCCAUUCUCAGAGGGGAAAAGAUACUUAGUUUACAAUUGGGUAAUAUGUUGAGCUAAUUUUUUACCAUUUGCAACCAUCUUUUUUUCAGGCCAAGAUGACUUAAAACAGCAACUUUUUGAAAGAAGUAUUCCCUUACAGUUGCUAUGGCUAAAGAAAGAAGUCAAAUUAAGGUUCCAUCUGAAAAUAUAGACUUGCCUAACAUAGAGAAUGCUCCAGAUUUUGAUGAGGACACUUUACGAGGUGAGCUAGGUUCAACUUUGGCUUCAAUCACUGGGUUAAAACAUUUUCUAUUUCACCAGUUUCAAGAAUGUGGAGAAUGAUAUUAAUGCACUGCAUGACCACUCUAAAGGAUAUUUGGCCAGUUAUGACUCUCUUCUAUGAUUACAAUAUGCUGUUCAUUGACUGAGAGGAUCUAUGACAUAUUUGUUAGUUUCUUUUCUCAAAGUUCAAAGCAAGUACACAAAGUUAUAAUUAGUAAAGACUUUAUUUGAUCAUCAUAUAACAUCCAUUUUGUAAGUUUGCAUCAUAAGUACCAUCAUCAUCUUUCCAUUAUAUUAUGCAACAAUCCAUUGAAAGUUUCAACUUCCCCCAAGCAACCAAUUUCCAGUAGAGUGCAAGUGUUAUAUCAUUGAAUAUGGAGGUGUUUAACCCUUGACACCCUAACAUCAGUAUCCAUAUUCUCCAUACUAUUCUUUGUAUGUUUCUUUUGGUACUGAAAAAGAGAAUUCAUUUGAAGAUCAAUGCUUCUUAAGUUGGUGAUCAUUGGUCACUCUUAGGGUUUAAAGGGUUAAGGUAGUGUAUUGUUUGUGAACACAUCCUCUAAGCUUUUCAGGGAUGGGUCAAGUCAGGCAGGUGCAAAAGUGGUCACUGGCACAAGAGGAAAAAUCUUCAGAUUUUAAAUCUCCAGAUCUUGGCAGCUUUGCUUAUACACUAAUUAACUACAACCACAGAUAAUUAUUAACUACAACCACAGACCUCAACAAAAUAAUUUUUUAUUUUUUCUUUGCAGCCGCAGCUGCUGGUUAUAGGAAUGAGGGUAAUGAGGCCUUCAAGAAAGGAGAUUUCAUCAAUGCUAUUCAUUUUUACACCAAAGGAAUUAAAAUGAACUGCAACGAAAAAGAACUGAAGGCCAAACUGCACAACAACAGGGCUAUUGCACAUUCUAAACUUGGUAAGAUGAUGAGAGCUUUAAUAUGUAUUUUUUUUCUAUUUUGAAGCUAUUGAGUUGUCAGUAGUAGUUUUUUGAAAAAGGUGAUAAUUUUGAAUGCAUGCCCGGAAAAAUAUACAUCUUAUCUUGGCCUCUCAAAUAUACAAAUAAGUAACCUCUUACCCUAGAUAUCAAUGAGCAUCACAAGUUUUUCCCAAAAUUAUAGUAAUGGUAGUUGGUUUGCAACAUGUAUGGCUAAUUAGAGAUAUUUAUUUCUGCAAUAACAGGAAAUCACCAGGAUUCACUAAGGGAUGCAGAAGCAGCCAUUGAGUUAAAUCAAACAUUCCUUAAGGCAAUUGUGAGAGGUUAGAUAUGUUAGCUGUACUAUAAUAAUAAUAAAAAAAGAACUCAACACUCUAAGGUUAAAUGAGGUUAAAUGGAGUUCAAUCUUGUCUCAAUUGACUUUAAUUAAGAGGUCAAGACCACCCUGAUGUACAUUUGAAUCCAGCUCUUGACUGUUACGCCAUUACUUUGCAUUAAUCAUGAUGAGAAUAUUAUUUUGAAUGGGAUGAAGAACUCAAUGCGGAAUGCAAAGCAAAAUUUCAGCAUGAAUAUUUUAGUUCCUUAAGUUCAAUGAGUCACAGGUGUCAGAUAUGUUAAGAGCGUGUCCACGAGAGCACCGGGCAGUCGUGCUACAUGCCAUCUCACCGAUUUCAAUGAAACUUUGCCAGUUUAAAAGGUCUACCCAAAACUCAAAAAGACAAACUGGUUUCUGUUGUGGGUUUUUUCUGGGGGGAGAUAGACCACCCCCCGGUUUUUCUUGGUUUUCACUAAGGAAAUCGCUUCAAAUAGGUAAAAUGUAUGAAGCUCUCACUGCGAUGGUAUUUAACCGAUUAUUUUGAGGAUUUGCACACAUAUUUGUACAUCCUUAGUAAAUAUCUGCUGCGAGUAUCAGUCAGUUUGAUUGACGGCUUGUCAAUCAACAGAGGCAAAUAUACGACAGUGUUUUUAGACUUUUCGAUUUAUCCAAAUAUUUGACAACUUUGAGGUCAAAUAUCUCCCAUUGCCAGAAAGCUACAACACUAAUCUCAAUUACCCUUUAUAACCCAUCAUUUCAUCUCUGAAAAUCAUCAAAAAACUAUUUGGGUACUACCGUAUUUUUGUCUUGGAUGCCUUUUAAAAUCUGCGACUGUGACAAGUUUCUCUUAACUACACCUGUCACGCAAUUCUUGCUCUAGGCGGUCACUUGACAAAAUAAAGCUUCAUUUUUUAGCUCUUUAUACAAGAUGAUUGAUCAAGAAAGGUGAAAAAUGUGAAAAACUUUCGAGAAAAACUUUCGAGAUACAUGUAGAGGAAAAAUCAAUGGGAAAAUCGUAGCGUUUCUUUCUUCAGUCGUUUAUUACUUUUAAGAUUUGCUAAAAUCAGCAGAUAUGGCUUUUGUACGGCACAAAACAUUCAUUAGUCUAUAAUUUGAUUGUAUAUCAUCAUCAUUGCUCAUUUUAGGAGAUUUUAAAGUUACAUGCUGCGUGUUGGCUGAUAUUACUACAUGUUCCAGUGUGCUACAACUUCGGCUUUGGCAGACGAGAAAUUCUGCGCUCUCGCUUGAGAGCAAAUAUCAAUAGUUCUAUCGGACUAAAAACUGUGCUUCUAUCCCGAAAAUAAAAUUCAAAUAGUGUUGACGUUGUCACUUUCCGCCAUCGAACAUUUACAUGCAGAACUCCGCAAUGCUAACAUCUGUUGUGUGACCCGAAGACUCUCCGUAGGAAUUAUUCAAGCGCGUUGUUCAUGCUAUCUGCUAGAUAACAAUUUCAGAAUAAUCUGCAGAUCUCUAUGAUUAUUUACCUGCUUCGAUCGUAAAAUAUCUUCAUAUUUUUUUCAAGCAUUCUAUUACUACAUAUAAAUCUACAUCACUUUAAGUAUGUCUUAGAUAUACUUUCAACACGUUUUCCCUUACCACCCUCUUUUAUGUCUGAACGUUUUCUUACUAAUUUUAUGGCAGACCUGCCUCAUCAAGGAGGGUAUGUAUGUGCUCAAAACAAACUCGGAAAAAAAGAUUCCUUUAACAAACACUACAUGUUUGAUUGAAGAAUGUCAAAACAGAUCAAGGAUAUCAGUUUCCUUACCAUGGCGUCCAGGGCACACACAAAAUCCAACUUCUCACGUACUCCUGCAAUGUUCAAAGAGCCGUUGAAGUUAAACUCCCUUUGAAAAGUAAGCGCGAGUCAGAAAAGAAAAGAAAUGAGAGCUUGGCAAUCGACAUUUAAUGCACAUCAUAACACUACUUAAUACUAUUAAAAUUCAGGCUCACCAACACGUGCAAACUGUGGUAAACCGGGAGGCCGGUAAACCGUGGUAGAAUCCAGUCUCGCUAUUUUAAUCAACACUAUCAUGAACGAAAACGAAUAAAUGCAAUAUCGGCAGGAAAAAAAAGAGGAGAAACUUACCGAAUUGGCUCCGCUUUACGGCAAGGCGAAGUGAAGACUCUUCCACACAGCGACUACACUAUGUAAUGGUUUCGCGACAGUCUCCACAUUCGAUGAUGUCAUGCCCCCAGCAGAUCGCUGUUCCAUUUGCGGUUUGUAUUUUUGGUGGUUUCGGCAAGAUGCCUUGGCGGCCGUCACCACCAAAAAUACAAGGAUGUCGUAUAGAUCAGCAAAUACAAAGAUGGCUUAAGGAUCAGCUACAGGAUAGCAUAGCUAAUAAAGGAAUGGCAUGGCCUUCACGUCACGCCAUGACGAAUCGCCACAACAUCGAAAUAUUUCAAGUACUACUAAGCAAUUUAAUGUUCAGAUAGAGCGUCUGAUGUUUUGCAAAGCUAUUCGACCUAACGCUACACUAUUUGUGUCUCUGCUGUACCAUUCUACAUUACGCUGAGCCAUUUCACGCAACGGUACACCAUUUGUGUGUACGCUGUACCAUUCGACAUUAUGCUAAGCCACUUCACGCAACGCUACAUUGUUUGUAUGUACGCUGCACCAUUUGACAUUACGCUAAGCCAUUUCACGCAACGCUAAACUGUUUGUAUGUACGCUGUACCAUUCGACAUUACGCUGAGCCAUUUCACACAACGUUACACUGUUUUUAUGUACGCUGUACCAUUCGACAUUACGCUGAGCCAUUUCCCGCAGCGCUUCACCAUAUGUGUGUACGCUGUACCAUUCUACAUUACGCUGAGCCAUUUGACGCAACGCUACACAGUUUGUGCGUAGGCUGUGCUACUCGACGUUACCCUGAGCCGUUUAACGCAACGCUACACCGUUUGAGUACUGUAUUGCAAAUGAGUGCUACGCUAUUCGUAAUUGAGCUAGUCCAUUUCACAAUCUCAUGUUCCAACUCAACAUGGGCUACUAGACCGUUUCUCAUUUGGCUAAACUAUUCAUGUUUAUGGUUUUCUGUUUCACAAAGGAAAACUAAACUGUCUAUAAUUUGGCCAUGCCAUUCCUUUAUUAGCUAAUAGAUGCUAUUCUGCAGCUGAUCCUUACACCAUCUUUGUAUUUGCUGAUCUAUUUGACAUCCUUGUAUUUUUGGUGGUGACGGCCGCCCAUAAUUCUAUUACUACAUAUAAAUCUACAUCUCUCUAGAUCGAGUGUUGCCGGCGUUUAAUUGCGUGACUUGUAAAAUUUUUAAAUAAGAAUGAGCCAGCAGUAAUUUGACGAGUAGGCUUCCUGCAAAUUUCCCAUGAUGAAAUCCCAAGAGAUAGCCAGUUGUUUUCGUGAGCAAAGACGAUAAAUAUGAAAGAAAAGUGAGAUGCAAAUGUCUUUUUUUUUUUUUAGCUUAAUAGCAGCUGUACCCUCUCCUGCAGUCUUCGUCUAAAUUUUGCAAGGUCCCUCCUUAUCUUCUGCCUUGUUCGGUCAGUUUCGAAUUCUGUAGCUAGAUCAUUGGCAUCGGCCUCUCCGUCCUCAUUCAUAUUUACAGAGGGGGACCUCAUCAAUAAACCUCUUUUUGUUAAGGCAGAUAAGCGGCUGAAGUAUCGGGCGAUUUGCUGCUGUAUGAACCGGUAAGUCUUAGACAACAUUUCUGGCUGGUGUCGUCUCUUAAAUUCGAUAUUUGGGAAAUCACAUUCCAAAGUCCACUUGGCUAGUUAGGGAUUGUUCGUCAGAAUUUUUACCUGAGGUCUGACCUUGAACGUAGCCAUCCCCUAUAGAAUGGCAAGCCGGUCUUAGUCCAUUUCCUCUUGAUCUUAUCCUAGGCGGAAUUUUUUUGUCGGCUUCACUGAGUUUGUCUUUGUCAGGGUACAUUUGGAUGGCACCCAAUGACUGAAACGUCUUGAUAUAUCCUUCUUUUAGCAAGAAUAUCUCGCUUUCUUGUUCCGUCUAUGACGGAUUGGGUAUAGUUCUCGCGAUGACCCGCGUUCAGAAAUCUGUACACGUUGCUGAUAACCACCCACUUCUACGAUUAGUUUGCUGAAGGUUUCUAAUGUGAUGAGCCUAGUGAGACCCUGAGGUGCUUCAAACUGUGCCAGUUGGUCUGCGCUAUAAACUUGUCGCAAGUCAGAGGGAGGAUCGGCCACCUCUAUCUAUGUGAGCGCCUCUACAGUACCUGUGUAUCCCCAGCAAUCAUAUGAUAUAAAGUUCAUCUCAGUCACAAUUAACCAUUUAGGAAAACUGAUGGUUAAAUAAGCGCUCUUCUUGCCCUUCUUCCUUAUUCAUUGCCGACUCUAAGAUAGCAGCUACAGUACGCGUUCUAUUUAGGUCUACAGUCACCUUGCCGCCACCAGGAAGACUCGCCACCAGCUUUGAUUUCUUCUGCCAUCUGCAGAUUCACCUCUUUCUCACUUUAUGUCACCGAUUUUUAUGAGGAGGAUACUGGCAUUUACGAACCCGAGGGUCUGAAUCUCACACCAAGUUGUGCACGAUAUUUGAGGUAUAUCGUGAAAUCGCGGCCUUCGUAAUCUCCAAAUAAGCCAAUACGCGCUAGAAUAAGCUUCAUCUCGGACGAAACGAAUGUUUGGGAUACAUCGACGUCUCUCAAAUGUUUUUUUUUAAGCUGUAUACCCACGAAUUUAGAGGUAUGAGCUGUUGCCGUCCCUGGCCAGCGCGACAAAAAUAACAUUUGGUUCUACAGUUAGUUGCAAAUGAACAAGACAACUGCACCAUCUUGACUUUAUCAAUUCGCGUGUUAGAUUGAAUUGAAGGUUUUUUAGACACUCGAUUUCUUACAUGGCAUCACUAUGAAGAUGUAAUACAACUGAUACACCUACACUACAUAGGAUUAACAAUGUCUGUUGCGCUGUUACGAGAAGGAGGAAAAUAUUACCGGAAGUGUAAACUCUUUUUAAAAAGAGUUUCAGAGACGUUUCAGAGAUGUCUGUGUGAGAGAUUAUUCAGCGUUAAUUGAUUUCCGGUUGACUUUUUGCGAUAAGUGACAGAUGAUUGAACAAUAGGAUCAUAUUAUAUAUUUAAAAUGAGAGAGACCAGAGCGAAAGACAGAGAACGGUGAGAGAGAGCGGGAGAUUAAGUUGAUUUUAUAAAAUAAAACGUGAAGUUUCGGAACAUAGCAGAUUCUUUAGUCUCAUUUCCGACACAGUGGCACCUCCGACGGGACGCGCGAAGCAUGGAGGAACUAACCAAAGAAGCAGAGGCUAAAUUGCAGAUGUUGCUGUACACUAAUGGAAAAACACGUGGCAUUGUGGAAAAGGGAAACCUAGGAGCGGUCGCGCGACAUCGCGACAACCUACAAGCAUUAGUAAAAGAAGUAGACGCGCUUAAACUAAAGGUUGAACAGACCAUGUUCAAGGCCGGGAAAAGUGCAGAAGACGUUGGAAGUUGGAGCAGUAGCAUUGAAGAACCGAUCGCCGAAGCUGACGAAGAAGUUUCGCGACUAGAAAAAUGGUUCGUGGAGACGAAUGGAGAGAUCGAACAUCGAAAGCACAAGGACGAAGAAGAAAGGAAAGCCCGUGCUCGUGAAGAGGAGCUUAAAUUCGAAAGAGAGCAAAUGGAGAUGAAGCUAGAAUUCGAACGCCAACUGGAAGAGACCAAGGCAAAACAGCAACCUGUUGAGAAGGUUAAUCAGACUGAACAAAGGACAACAAAGCUACCGAAACUACAGAUCACAAAGUUUAAUGGGACGUAUGAAGCAUGGCUGCCGUUCUGGAACAAAUUUCAAGCUGAAAUUGAUAAAGCAAACCUUGCAUCUGUGACCAAGUUUGCAUACCUAAAAGAGCUGGUAGAUCCAAAGGUUCGAGCGGAGAUAGACGGACUGCCUUUCACAACAGAGGGCUACGAAAGGGCAAAGAAUAUCCUCAUCGGCGAAUAUGGAAAAACGAGCGAGAUCGUGAAUGCGUACGUCCAGAACAUCGCGAAUUUGCCUGUCAUUACAGGAACACAACCUGCGCCUAUCCACGAAUUUUACAAGAAGCUCGUGUACAAUGUGCAAUCUUUGGAGACACUGGGCAAAUUGAAAGACGUCACUGGAAAUGUAAGGAGUGCUCGACAAACUAAAGGGUGUAAAAGCAGAUCUAGUGAGAGGACAAGUGGACUGGCAGGACUGGGACUUCCCACAGUUGAUAAAAGCUUUGAAAAGUUGGAAGGAAAUCAACCCCAUUGGGAGCGGCGCGGAUAAUGCGGGGAAGCAAGGUGCUAAAUUCCGCGAUCGCGAGAAAACAUUUCACGCAAACGAAACUACGCCAACACAAAGAGGGUGCGUCUACUGUGACGCAACUGACCACAGAGCUGUGAAUUGCGACAAUUUUGUGACAGUUGGAGACCGCAGGAAACAAUUAGGACUGAAACAGCUUUGUUUUAACUGCACAGGAAGUCGGCACCGUGCUUCUGAGUGCAAAUGCCGUUCUGGCUGCCAGAUCUGCAGUCGAAGACAUCAUACGUCGAUCUGUGACAAACAUACAUCGCGAGACCAGCUGAUGACCACAACGAGCGCAGAAAGGAAAGGAGUGGUGUAUCCUAUGGUAACAGUUGACGUGAACGGUGUUAAAUGCCGAGCAUUGUUGGAUACAGGAGCCGGAAGUUCCUACGCUUCAUCAACGCUUCUGAACUGUUUACAUUUGCGCCCUAUCCGUCAACAAUUCAAGCGCAUUGAAAUGAUGUUUGGUACUUCAAACAAAGCGAUAGACAUCUAUGGCCUACAAAUUCGAAGCGUUGAUGGUAAAUUCACCUUGGAAGCCGAAGUAAACAAAGUCGACCGCAAAGAGUUGUUGACAUUGGAAAACCCAAAAUGCGCAGAAAUCGUGGCUCAGUUUUCUCAUUUGAAGGGCGUAACCACAAAUGAUAACGACGAGAAAGCGAUGUUGCCUGUUCAUCUGAUCCUUGGAACAAACGAGUACGCUAAGAUCAAAACAGGGGCAAGACCAAGAGUUGGGCGCUCGGGAGAACCAGUAGCAGAAUACACGAAGUUCGGCUGGACGAUCUUGUCACCUGGAACAGAGUUGGAUCUCAGCAACAUGUUGUUAACGCAGACCUCUGCAAUUGAUUACGAAGAAUUGUGCAAGUUAGACGUCUUGGGGUUGAAGGACAAUCCAAGUGGAGACCAGGAAACCGUUUACGAAGAAUUCAAAGAGCAACUAACUAGGAGUUCAGAAGGCUGGUACGAGACGAACUUGCCCUGGAAAGGAAAUCACCCCCCCCCCCUACCGAACAAUCACACUGGAAGUUUAAAACGUCUCAAAAAUCUCGUGCGGAAGUUAGAGAUACAAGGCGAGCUGGAGAGGUACAACAACGUUAUCCAGACUCAACUGAGCCAAGGGAUCGUAGAACACGCUGACGAGGUGGUCAAGGACGGAAAAGAGUUCUACAUUCCUCAUAAAGCGGUCGUACGCGAGAAUGCAGAAUCUACAAAGAUACGCAUUGUUUAUGAUGCUUCUGCAAGAGCUGAUGCAAGUGUCCCCUCACUCAACGAGUGCCUCGAAAUCGGCCCUCCACUACAGAACCAGCUUUGGAACGUGCUGGUACGAAAUAGGUUCUAUCCGUGGCAAUAGCUGGCGACUUAAAACAAGCAUUUUUGCAAAUUCGCGUCCGAAGAGAAGACCGAGAUGCCUUACGCUUUCAUUGGAUAAAGGAUCUGGCAAGCAAACAAGUAGAAACCUUGCGAUUCACUCGAGUACUUUUUGGUUUGGCACCGUCUCCAUUCCUCUUGGCCGCAGUUAUCAAAGAACAUCUACAGCGAUACAAAAUGGUGAACCCGGAAUUAGUAGAGGAGAUAGAGCGCAGUAUGUACGUGGAUGAUUUAAUCAGUGGUGGGGAGACAACAGAACAAGCGUUAGAAAUCAAGAUGACAGCCACGACCAUCUUUGGUGAGGCGACUUUCAAGCUGCACAAGUGGCAUUCCAACGAUCGGGAACUAGAAGUUGAAACUGCGACUGUAGAUGAAGAAAUUCAGAGUUACGCCAAACAACAACUGGGAACCAGAAAGGGCGAAUCAAAACUGCUAGGAGUCCCUUGGGACAAAGAAAAGGACGAAAUUCAAGUCAGCUUCCCGAUUUCAACCGCUGAGCCGACAAAAAGAGGUAUCCUUGGAAAAGUCGCAAAAAUCUACGAUCCACUCGGUCUGGCUUCACCCGUGACCCUCUCUGGAAAAAUGCUCUACAGAGAUGCCUGCGACACGAAGAUCGCAUGGGAUAGGCCCUUACCAAGUGACUUACAAGCCAAAACAGAAGGAAAGGCCUAUCUUGCAUUGUACGCGUGCAGUCUUACCCGAGGAUUAUUCCUGGAAGUACUACCAAACCUGGCAACCAGUGAAUUCCUAAGAAGUCUAAAACGGCUCAUCGCGCGCCGUGGGCGUCCGAAGAAGAUAUAUUCCGACAAUGGCAAAACCUUUGUUGGCGCCGAGAAGUGGCUCAAACAAGUUAUGCGUGACGAGAAGACACAAGAUUACUUAGCACAUGAGAACAUCAAGUGGCAAUUCAACCUCAGCCGCGCCGCCUGGUGGGGAGGACAGUUCGAGCGCCUCAUCGCACUGGUAAAAACAGCUUUAAACAAGACUAUCGGAUGCGGAAUGUUGACCUGGACAGAGCUGUGUGAAGUGGUACUAGAUGUGGAGAUUGCUUUGAAUAAUCGCCCUUUAUGUUACGUCGAAGACGACAUACAGUUACCCGUGCUUACCCCUAACUCACUGCUAUUUCUUCGAUCAAACCAGCUACCAGAACUGGAACCACACCAUCUAAGAGAAUUUGAUCUGCGUAGAAGAGCUAAAUAUUUGCGAAGGUGCAAGCAGGCUUUGUGGACCAGGUGGACUACUGAAUAUUUACGAGGGUUGAGAGAACGACACCGGAUGAAACACAAGGGUCAAACCACGCCCUUGGCCAAAGGAGAGGUAGUCAUCAUCAAGGACGAGGAACGAAAUCGCAAUAAAUGGAAAAUUGGAAUCGUGGAAGAUCUGAUUCCGGGACGAGACGGAAUCGUUCGAGCUGCCAAACUUCGAGCGGGGAAAGGAACACUUGAACGGGCGGUACAACACCUUUACCCACUGGAGCUGUCCUGCGAUCGGGAGAAUGUACAGGCUCCUCUGCAGCUCAACCCCUUAGCCCCGACAUUCAGGCCCAGGAGGGAUGCAGCGGUAGCCGCUCGUUAUCGCAUUCAAGAUGCGAACAUUGAUGCCGAUUAGAGAUAUUUAGGAACACUGAACUGAUAUGCUGGACUAACUUUCUGUUUCGUUCAUUGAAUUUCAAAUUUUAUCGAGCGCGCCAUUCUAGUGUUUUUCUCCGUUGAGAAAAACAGGGGAGUGUGUGAGAGAUUAUUCAGCGUUAAUUGAUUUCCGGUUGACUUUUUGCGAUAAGUGACAGAUGAUUGAACAAUAGGAUCAUAUUAUAUAUUUAAAGUGAGAGAGACCAGAGCGAAAGACAGAGAACGUUGAGAGAGUGCGGGAGAUUAAGUUGAUUUUAUAAAAUAAAACGUGAAGUUUCGGAACAUAGCAGAUUCUUUAGUCUCAUUUCCGACACUAUCUUUGAUCGGCUGUCACAAAAAAAUGACCCCCACUUAAAUUUACUAGGAAAAAUGAACUUACCAACUCCUUGUUGAAAAAAUUGGAAUUCAUUUGACCGAUGCGCCGGUUGUUUCAAUUUUUCUUUUUCCUCGGGCUGCUAUGAAACAGUUCAGAAAUUGACUAAUGAGUAAAGUGUUUUGAAAUACCGUUCGGAAUUUGCCUUUUUUUCUGCCUGCAAAUCAAGGGUAGACAAAGUUUUUAAAACAUUUGACUAGAAUUUCAUGGAGUUCACCUCGAUAAUUUUCGUCGGCCAGAGUCAAGACGCGCCAAGGUAAGCGACAUCGCCCUUUAGUAAAAUAAUUUUCCAAAGAAUAAACGUGGCGAGGGUGAGGAAACGCACAUUUUUUUUUUAUCAUUGUGAUCAAAGCCCAAUGAUGUACCUAAAUUGGUACUUACGGUAUCAAACCAUUGAUUAUGACAGGGUGAGCUUAAUUUUUCUGUCGAGGUCGACGUGACUUCACAUUAAAAGCGUUUUUGACGGAACAAACUAGUGAGCAUCACUGCAAGAACUGAGAACGUAAAAACUUGUAUUUAUCUCCCACGCGUUUCGUCUGACAAUAGUAGACUUCAUCACGGAUUUUUUCAAGUAGGGUAAAUAAGCUUGCUCAUAUACAAAUAGUAAAUAAGUUGUCUCUUUGCUAUUGAAGCCAGUGGAUAGAAUUAGCCAGGUGCGCCUACGGUGUUAUACAUGCGUGACAUUUUCCGGACGUUACAUGUACGAGUACGUGAUCCGUUUGAGGGUCACAGAUUUAGUCUAAAUAUUUCACCCCUCAACAUCACGCAAUGUCUCUAGUUUACAGAGGUCUUAGAACGUUUCAUUAUAUGGAGUUGCCUUCUGCGGGUAGAAGGCUACAAGCGAAUUUAUCAGGCGUAAUUGCCUUUGAUUUCUCAAUUGAUGUUCUCGCAUACAAGUAAAAACUUGUAUUUAUCUCCCACGCGUUUCGUCUGACAAUAGUAGACUUUAUCACGGAUUUUUUCAAGUAGGGUAAAUAAGCUUCCUUAUAUAAAUAUAGUAAAUAAGUUGUCUCUUUGCUAUUGAAGUCAGUGGAUAGAAUUGGCCAGGUGGGCCUACGGUGUUAUACAUGCGUGGCAUUUUCCGGACGUUACAUGUACGAGUACGUGAUCCGUUUGAGGGUCACAGAUUAAGUGUAAAUAUUUCACCCCUCAACAUCACGCAAUGUCUCUAGUUUACAGAGGUCUUAGAACGUUUCAUUAUAUGGAGUUGCCUUCUGCGGGUAGAAGGCUACUAGCUCGCACGUGCACGCAGGAAAGGCCAUGACAAUCAGCGAAAAUAAUAGCAAAUGCAAAUGAUAUUUGCAGUCAAAAAACAGGAAAAUAAGAUAAAAGAAGGAUUAGGAACUUUCUAGAAGUGUCUUCUUGAAAAAAAAAGAUGAACAAUUUUUACUUCUCAUGAAAGGUCACGCAGUAACCCUAAAAAUACUACAACUACAAUACUAUGCGUGGAAUUUCUUGAUGGUGGAAAGUGGAAAAAACAUUUUCCAGUCUUCCAGUCAUUUUCUGGAAACAUGACGUAGUUAAUGAAUUUAUGAGGCUACUGGUACUGGCUCCUACCAAAUAAGGGGGGCAGAGUUUCCCGUCAUUCGCGGUAUGGAAAAGCCGAAGUUGUUACACUCGGGAACUUGUACGUCAACAAGCAGGCGACAUGUGACUUUAAAAUCUCCUCUCCUGUUACAGUUUCCUUAUUGUAAACUGUGCGAUGAUAAUAAUAGACGAUCAAAGUAUAGGCUAAUGAAUGUUUUGUUCUGUACAAGAGCCCUAUGUCCUGAUUUUAACAAAUCUUAAAAGUAAUAAACGACUGAAGAAAGAAACGCUACGAUUUUGCCAUUGGUUUUUCGUCUACAUGCAUCUCUCUAAACGUGAAAUUUUCCAUUCCUACAAAAAAUCCCGAAAGUUUUACCAUUUUUUACCUUUCUUGAUCAAUCAUCUUGUAUAAAGAGCUAAAAAAUGUAGGUUUACUUUGUCAAGUGACCGCCUAGAGCAAGAAUUGCGUGACAGGUGUAGUUGAGAGAAACUUGUCACAGUCGCAGAUUUUAAAAGACAUCCAAGACAAUACGGUUGUGCCCACAUCUUUUUUUGAUGAUUUUCAGAGAUGAAAUGAUGGGUUAUAAAGGGUAAUAAAGAUUAGUGUUGUAGCUUUCUGGCAACGGGAGAUAUUUGACCUCAAAGUUGUCAAAUAUUUGGAUGAAUCGAAAAGUCUAAAAACACAGUCGUAUAUUUGCCUCUGUUGAUUGACAAGCCGUAAAUCAAACUGACCGAUACUCGCGGCGCCUAUUAACUGAGGAUGUAAAAAUAUGUGUGCAAAUCCUCAGAGUUAUCGGUUAAAUACCAUCGCAGUAAGAGCUUCAUACAUUUUACCUAUUUGAAGCGAUUUCCUUGGUGAAAACCUAGAAAAACCGGGGGGGGGGGUCUAUCUCGCCCCGGAAAAACUAAAACAGAAACCAGUCUGAUUAUUUUUAGUUUUGAGGUAGACCCUUUAAAUUGGCAAAGUUUCACUGAAAUCGGUGGGUUGACACGUAGCACGACUGCUGGUGUUCUCGUGGACACGCUCUUAAGUCACUAUUUGGCUGUUUUAAAAAGAAGGAUCAGGACUUAACUAACUCUUAGUGUUUUUGUGGGAGUUGUUGAUCCCAAUUUAAAUGUUCUUGGAAGUUUUAGCUGUCUUUAAAGCUAAAUAAAUCUAACUGAAACCUAAUAGGGCCUGUUUAUUCUUUUCCGUUUAGUUUUUUUGUUUUGUUUUAUUUUGUCUUUUUUUUCUUCUGGUCUGUAAUGUUUUCAAUGGUUUCAGCUUCUUUUCUCAGAAUUGAGCUACAGUAAUAGUAUGCUUCUUUGUGUUGUUGCCUACAGGAGCCAAUGCUUGUGUUGAAUUGAAGAGAUUUGAAGAAGCAAUCAGUUGGUGUGAUAAGGGACUAGCUGUAUCCUUUGAAGGAAUCUUUCAUUUUUAACCGUGGGUAUAAUGGAAAUAGUUUCCAUAAUUUGAUGUUUCAAGGUAUUAAUUAUGAUGGGAACUUGUCAGCUCACAUACUUUAAGUGUGUGUUAUUAAGAAACGUAGGAAAAGUUAUUACCUCAUGACUUAUUAAAGAUAUUACUCCUUUUAGCCAAUUUGACUUAGUUAUACUAUCCAUGCCAAUAACUGGUACAUUAGUUUAGAUAACCCUUUAAUUCACAGACCAAGUUUGUAAUUAUCCUUACUGUUAACCGUACGAUUUUUGUAAUGUUAGUUCAAAGAAUUCAGCAUUGGAUCAACUAAUGAUCCCCAAAUUGAUAUUUUUUUUUUACUCUCAACACUUAUCUGAUUGAUAUUGUAUUGCUAUUGUAAGGAGAAAUUCUCUUUUGGUCACUCAUGGGAGUUGAAGGGUUAAAAGACUAAUAUUCAUCCAGUUUAUACAUGGUACGUGGGUAGAUGAUCUCUCUAAAACAAGCCAGACCAAAAAGCUCGGUAAUGUUUACAUAUCUUAUACAGAUUUUCUUGCCUUCGACCUUUUUCCACUACUUAGAGACUCGGAAACUUUCGUCGUGCUUUCCUAUGGACAAAUAAAAAUUUUAAAGACGCG